AUGUUCAAAGUCCAAACACUUUGGCAAGCGCCAGAGAUUAAUCCUGUCAAUGGAAAAGCUCGCUCCAUCCCAAUCCUCAACCCUUUCAACAAAUAUGGCAGAGUCUUCUUCUUUUCCUGGUUCGGUUUCUUAAUAGCCUUUUGGUCCUGGUAUGCCUUUCCGCCAUUGUUAUCUCUCACCAUCAAGAAAGAUCUCCAUCUUACACAAAAUGAGAUUGCUAACUCAAACAUCAUUGCUCUUGUCGCUACCCUCCUGGUUCGAGUAGUCGCAGGUCCAUGUUGCGACCAUUUCGGCCCCAAGUUUACAUUUGCAGGAUGCCUUCUCCUUGGUGCUAUUCCAACUGCUCUUGCUGGUACCGUCAAAACUGCAACCGGUCUUAUGGUUCUUCGAUUCUUCAUCGGUAUACUUGGUGGCUCUUUCGUUCCUUGUCAAGUAUGGUCUACUGGUUUCUUUGAUAAGAAUAUUGUUGGUACAGCCAAUGCAUUGACGGGUGGUUGGGGUAAUGCUGGAGGUGGAAUAACUUACUUUGUCAUGCCAGCCAUUGUCGACUCUCUUAUACAAAACCAAGGUCUUACCGCUCACGUCGCUUGGAGAAUAUCCUUCAUCGUGCCCUUCAUACUCAUAACCACUACCGCCAUAUCGAUGUUAAUUCUCUGUCCCGACACCCCCACAGGCAAAUGGUCACAACGACAUCUCGCCGUGCAACAAAAUCUCCAAGCCCAUGGCAUCCACAGCCCAUCCGAAAACAUAGUCUCCAUACCAGGCUCCAUCAUGGACCGCAAAUCCGACAAAAUUCACACCUCCACCAACCCAACCUCAACCUCAUCCUCCAACUCCACUCUCAACAACGAAAAACGCCUCGAAGAAGAAGCCCAAAUCUCAUCCGCCAAACACCACACCACCACCCCCUACAACAACAACAACACCAACCAAACCUCCCUCGACCUCCCACCCCAAGAAAUGCUCACCAUAGCUCACGGCGAAAUAAUCCAAAAACCCUCCCUCCAGCACGCCAUAAACAUAAUCCUCACUCCCCAAACCCUCCUAAUCGCCUCCUGCUACUUCUGCUCCUUCGGCGCCGAACUAGCCAUCAACUCCAUCCUCGGCUCCUACUACCUCAAAAACUUCCCCACACUUGGCGAAGCCGGCACCGGCCGCUGGGCCGCCAUGUUCGGCCUCCUCAACGUGAUUUUCCGCCCCCUCGGCGGCAUUUUCUCUGAUUUCCUCUACCGCGCUACAGGAAGCGUGUGGGCAAAGAAACUCUGGCUGCAUGCUCUAGCGCUCGUAACCGGCGCCUUUUUAAUCGCCAUCGGACUUACAGAUCCGCAUGAACAUGCGAAGAUGUUUGGACUUGUAGCUGGCAUGGGACUUUUUCUCGAGGCGGGCAAUGGGGCGAAUUUUUCCCUCGUGCCGCAUGUUCAUCCGUCCGCUAAUGGGAUUAUUAGUGGUGUGGUGGGUGGGUGUGGAAAUUUGGGGGGGAUAAUAUUUGCGAUUAUUUUUCGCUAUGAGGGGAGGGAUUAUGCGAGGUGUUUUUGGAUUAUUGGCGUUUUUACGGUGGUGGUUAAUUUGGCUGUUUCGUGGGUGAAACCUAUUCCUAAGAGUCAGAUUGGGGGAAGAUGA